AUGUUUCGCCAAAGCAUUCGGCGCUUUGGUACCACAGCCAUUCGUGCUGCUGCCACCGAGUCCUAUACCGCGCGAGUGUCUGGAGCACAGGGCGUUGUCAAUGGACUGACCGAAGCAAUUGGAAACACUCCUCUCAUUCGGCUGAAGAGACUCUCUGAAGAAACCGGUUGUAACGUUCUCGGAAAAGCCGAAUUCCAGAACCCUGGUGGUAGCGUCAAAGAUCGGGCUGCGCUCUUUGUGGUCGAGGAUGCCGAGAAGAAGGGAUUGCUUCGCCCAGGCGGCACGGUGGUUGAGGGUACCGCUGGUAAUACAGGAAUCGGUCUGGCACAUGUGUGCCGUUCCAAGGGCUACAAAUUGGUGAUUUACAUGCCCAACACCCAGUCCCAGGGCAAGAUUGAUCUGCUUCGGCUCCUGGGCGCAGAGGUAUAUCCGGUUCCCGCUGUCGCAUUCGACAAUCCAGAAAACUACAACCACCAGGCACGUCGCCAUGCCGAGUCACUUGACAAUGCUGUAUGGACGAAUCAGUUUGACAACACCGCCAACCGCCAGGCACAUAUCGAGACUACUGGCCCAGAACUAUGGGCGCAAACUGCCGGCAAGAUUGACGCUUUCACUUGCGCCACUGGUACUGGUGGUACCCUGGCUGGUAUCACCCGUUACCUGAAGACUGCCAGUGACGGUCGUGUCAAGAGCUUCUUGGCCGACCCACCCGGCAGUGUUCUGCAUAGUUAUAUCCAAAGCGGUGGUAAGCUGACUGACCGCUCUGGCGGUAGCAUCACCGAGGGAAUUGGCCAGGGACGGGUGACGGACAAUCUUCAGCCUGAUAUUGACUUGUUGGAUGGCUCUCUCAACAUUUCCGACGAGAAAACCAUUGAGAUGGUGUACCGCUGCUUGGAUGAGGAGGGCUUGUAUCUCGGAGCCAGCUCUGCAUUGAACGUGGUGGCAGCCAAGGAAGUCGCUGAGAAGCUGGGCAAGGGGAAUACGGUUGUGACAAUCCUCUGUGACGGUGCAUACCGGUAUGCUGAUCGCUUAUUCUCCAACACUUGGCUCCAGAGCAAGAAUCUACGAAGCGCGAUCCCCAAGCAUUUGGAAAAGUACAUUGUGUUGCCUUGA